AUGGCAAUCUUCAUGAUAGAAACUUGUGCAAUAAUCACAGAAGUCGGUUUAUACGGUCCAACAAAUUCUGAAUUCGGGCUUGCAACACACAUAUGUAAUGGUUUACGACCAGAAAUCGUUACUAAUAUUCCGGAAGUAUACUUAUCAUUAAUGAAAAAGAUACUGCAUCAAAACCCUGAAGAAUGUCCUAAUGUCGUAGAGUUAUGUGAGAUGUUAGAUACUUCAAUAGAUAACAAUACACAAUCUGAUAAAAUCCAAUACACAAAACCAUCAAUGCAACUUAUACAAGAGCACACUUCUACUAUUCAUAAUGAUUCUUCUAAUAUGAUAAAGAAUGUUGAUUUUAUUUUUACCAUUGAUCAUUGGAUCACGAUCAUCUUCUUUGGAUCAAUAUUACCCGAACAUGGCAAUGAAAGGACAGGAACUAUUUUGUGGUAUAGAAUACUGCUUGCGCAAUGGGCUGCCUCAAGAACUGAUAUAUUUCCUCAAGAGAUGUGCAGCCAUCUGUCAAAACUUCAUUCGUCUGUAGACGCACAUCCAUUUAGUAAUACGAAACGAAUUGUUGAAAAAGCAUUUAAUAAACUAUUUCAUGAAAUUUUUUCGGAAUUUGAUGAGAUACCAAUUGGGAUUGGUGCUAUUGCACAA